CAACAGCUGAUUUCGUGCUAAAAAGUUUUUGACAAAGACGCUGUCAUCAACGCCAACAAGUUUUUCGACAAAAUAUAAUAAUUAUGCAGCGACAGCUUAUAAAUGUGUUUGGCAAUGUGUCUCGCCAAGUGCGUGGUAGCCAACGAGCCUUUUCCGUGACGCCGCUUCAGCGAGAGAUCUUCAAAGUUCAGAGCCCGGAGGACUUUGACAAAAAGGUGAAGAAGAGCCAGACGCCUGUCAUUGUGGACUUUUUUGCGACAUGGUGCAAUCCAUGCAAACAGCUGACACCGCGCAUUGAGGGCAUUGUGGGCGAGCAAGCUGGCUCCAUUAAACUGGCCAAGGUGGACAUUGACGAACAUAGUGAGCUGGCACUUGACUAUGAUGUGGCGGCUGUGCCGGUACUCGUUGUAAUGCAGAAUGGCAAGGAGAUGCAACGCAUGGUGGGACUGCAGGAUGAAGACAAAAUACGCGCCUGGGUGGCUGCAGCUGUCAAACAGUCCAAGCAGUAGAUUUUACGUCGCAGACAAUUCAAAUGGAGCAAAGCUUUAGAAUUACUCGAAAUAUGUUUCUUGGUUUUUCAAAAUAAAUGUUAUUAAUCGUUGCAA